AGUCUGUGCAGGCAAGCAAACGCUUCAAGUUGCCGGUUAAAACUGAGAAGGAAGACGCGAAUUGCUAGAUGUCCAGGAUAUGGUGUCCUCGCAACCUGAAAAUAUAUUCUGCUGAAAAGGACGAGGAAGAAAGAUCCAGCUCGUUUACAUAACAGGGAUAGCUUGACAUGAUGUCACUCUCUUUUGCAGAACAUCAAACCGUUGACAUGUAUAAAAGGAUGCGCAUUAUUGUUGAAGUCGUUUGUUUGGUAUUGACAUUUGCAGGAUGGAAACUACAAGUAUGGGGCGUGUCAGAAUCUUAAACUCAAAUAUCCUCGAGUCAGAGGAUUCUAGCUAAAGCCUCCUAAUGACCAAUGCUUUCGCAGUUCACGACUUCACGAUCUUGUGCGUGAUGUCAUGUCUUUUUGAUCCUGUUUCCAGAGACAUGUUGCUAUUGACACCCGGCGAGGUGUCUGUUCCCCACAUCGCUACAAACUGGAAACUGCCAUUGCCAUCGUGCGGGGCACCCACUUUCCAAGAGCAGCCGUCAAAAAGCCAGUGAGUCAGGCCUUUUUUUGGGGCAGUGACAGGUUGAGGUGGGGAAAGGCCUCCAAAGCAUCGCAGUCUUGUGUGGACGCGUCUGGUGGAGGGUAGUCGAUUCCACUGCUUUGUCAAAACCUGUGAUGUAAUAAGUUACAAGACGGCUUUUUCUUUUUUGAACAGGGGCGCCAAUGUGGAUCGGAAGGUUGAAGGGGGCUUGACUGCUUUUGUUGCUUUUGCUCUGGACAUGUUACUUUGAAUACCUUUCCCAAUACCGAUAUCUUUAGCCAGUCAGUAUCCAUCCCUUCGCCAACAAACAAUGCACGUUUCCUCCGACCCACCCACUCGCCUUUGUGUGCGAGUAGGAGCAUCGCCAUCAUCUCUGGAAAUGGCCCCCGUCAACGAUGACUUUCAUCCGAUUGAAUUUGAUUCGCCUCAUUUUACAGGACGGAUAUGCGUCCGGAUCGUCCAUUAUCGCGGUAUCACACCAAAAGGCCAAGAACCGCUUGAUUCGACACCGUAUUUUGAGGGGCGAAAGAGAUAUUUUUCGGUGCAGAUUGAGGGCAGAUUUAAGCAGCCUUGGAAUGGGGACGAUGUGAUCUUUGGAGUUGUGUUUGAGAGAAAGUUGAGGCUGCCUCCUGGCGCUGAUCUGGCAUUGACCAUCGCCAAGUGGAUCGAUCCAGCACUCACAGCCGACCUACACGCAGACUCGCCAUGGGCAAUGAGUCCGAUUCUCUGCGCCAUGAACAUAUUGAGUGUCCAUCCAGCUCCAUGCCUUCUCGCCCGAGACUCCUUUCUGAAAACGACGCGGAUCGACCACCGAGGUCAUCAAAAGACCAGGAGUGGGCUAUGGCGAUUGUCAUGGCCCAUAGCUGGAAACGUUGAUGAUAAAAUCAGUAAUACUCUCGCGCUACCGGCUGCUGCUGAACCGUCAAAUGCCCCAAAUCCGGCACCGCAGCGUAAGCAUGGACCUUUGAAACUGCCGCCGUGGGCGUUUGGAAAUGAGCGUAGCCUGGAGGAAGAUAAUGCGUUAGUGACGGAAAAGGGAAAACCAGUGUCGGCAGAGAAUCGGAAGAAACAUUUUGUAAAAGCCUCACACAGAAAAGAGUUUACCUUCUCACCAGAUCAUGUGUAUGGAUGGGAUUUCUACAACCGAUAUAUGGACAUUGGUAACCUUCAAGUCCGUCUCCCUGGCUUCAGCGUAAAUCUUGCCGACUACUGGGAUGGCCAACCACUUCGAUACGUCGCUCGGUCAAGGGAUGGAAAAGUAACCUUCUUUGUCGUACAGUUUGAAUUGAUGGAUGACGCUGCUGUAGCGAAUUCGUAGAUAUUCGGUUAUCCGGUUAUCGUUACAUGGCGUAGAGUCUCUUGAGAUUUAGUGUUUGACAGCGUCAUCUCCUUCUACUCUAUAUACUUGGGUUAUUCAGCUAAAAUGUAGAUGGAUGCCUUUCUUAUGUAGAUGUGUUAUGGGCCAACUUUGCUAUGAUUUUCUGUAGAAUAGUUUUCAUUGUCAUAUGAAAGAGCUUUAGUGCAUCAACAAAGUGAACAUGUGUCGCGUAUCUUUCGACCCCAUUCGGGACUUGCUCAUAUUCUUCACCGACACUAGUUUAUACAACACAACAAAAGACCAGAUAUCUACACAUAUGUAGCACUUCUAAAUACAAGACCAUAUGAUACCCUUUCACUUCAUGAUAUACCUU